AUGAACAACCAGGAGAUGAAGAACUUAGUCGAGGAGCCAGAGUCGAGUUCUGCCAAGGAACUACCAUCUGCGGAACGUGCUGAAAGACUUCGCAACCAGGCGGCUAGGUUGGUGGGAAUCAGUCUGGAGGGUGAAUCGGAGUGCGGGCAUGUUUGUUACAAUGCUGUCCUCGACAUGCUGGAGAAGAAUGCAGUUCAAUAUCUGCCUCCUUCGAAAUUUGUCAGUAGAAAGAGCGAGCUGUCAAAUGACAAGUCCAGCAGGGAGAUUGUCCUGGAUGGGGCCUCCACGCUCAAGGUUCGAGAUAAACGACCUGAUUUGAGUUGCGAUACAAGUUCGGAGCUGUUGCUUGUGCAAGCGCUUCAUCGUCGUGCCCUGGCGUUGGACCUGAUGAACGCAGUAACUUUCUCUGUCAGCCAGCGAUACAACAGUUUUCUCAUUGGGCACUUGCAGACUCCGCCACCGCCAGGAUACAGGAAACUGAACGUACAUCAAAUCCUUCAGGCUGACAAGCAGGCAUGGCUUCGACUGGCAGAACUCGCGACUGCAGGUUUGAAGAGAAAUGCGGCUGGUCAGUUACCGCUCGAUGUACUAUUUCAGAACUUGCAAGUGGACCCGCGGGUUAUGUUCUACCUCUUGCCUCUGCCGGAAUCAUCAGGUGGCCAUGCGGUGGUGGCUGCAGAGUGUGGGCUUCAGGAGUCCAUAGACGUCGAUCACAUGAUGAGCCGCAAAUUGCGAGCUCCCGCCAUCAAGUUGGACCUAUCCUCUGCGAAGCGGAUUCGGACUGGUAUUAUCCAUAGUGUCCGAUCCAGUGGAGACUUGGAGAUGGACAACGCUUUGUAUGAGGUGACGCAGGAGGAGCUUCGGACAGGCUGGCUCCAUGGGCCGUAUCGGCCGAGUGACUUGUCGGAGUCUGCCACAGUCACUCGGCGCUUUGCCGUGCGACAGAAUAACAAAAUCCGACCAAUUGAUGACUACACCGAGUCCCUUGUCAACAGCACCAGCGCUUCUGGUGAGACCAUCACUUUGCAUGGUGUGGAAACAAUUUGUGCCACGUCUGCUCUGAUGAUGAG